AUGUGCGGCAUCUUUUGUCUGUUGAGUCUGUCACCGUCUCUGUUUGAGUGGGACAAAACAGUUCAUGAACAUUUGAAGAGAAGAGGGCCCAACUUGAGCCAGGAUCUCACAGUUAGAGGUGCCUGCUAUCAGUGUUUAUUCUCUGCACAUGUUCUUCACAUGAGAGGCCUCCUUACAUCUCAGCCAGUUCAAGACAGUUCUGGAAAUGUCCUGGAGUGGAACGGGGAGAUUUUUGGGGGUCUGCCAGUGAUGCCAGAAGAAAAUGACACUGCUGUUCUCUCUCAGCGGCUAUCAUCCUGCAACAGCCCUUCAGAGAUUCUGUCAGUACUGUCCACUGUACAGGGACCGUGGGGGUUGGUUUACUACCAAAAGGCUGGAGAUUACCUCUGGUUUGGGAGAGACUUCUUUGGUAGGCGGAGUUUGUUAUGGAAAUUUGAUGCAGAGGUCAACACCUUGACCCUGACUUCAGUGGCAGCCCACAGUUCUGGACCAGAUCAGCCUUCUUGGCAAGAAGUCCCAGCAGUUGGUGUGUACAGGAUUGACCUGAAGGCAGUUUCAGAAGCCGGCUCUGUGAUGUUUGAGGUUUAUCCUUGGGCUCAUGGAGGAAAUGAUGUCUCGAGCUGCUAUGAAACUAUGUUGGAGUCCGUCCCUGGCGGCUGCACUGCUGUGAUGAACCAGUCUGGCCUUGUACUCGCCUCACCUGUGUGCCCUCUUAAUAUAUCCAUCCCAAAGUCAUUAAAUGAGAAAGAAAUUCAUCCAAAUUCACAAUCAUGUGUUAAGGAUCUGGAGCAGCUGCUUGCAAGCAAAGAGAAAAAUGAUGAAGUGAACCAUCUUAUCAGUGUUCUCAGUGAGGCAGUAAGGCGACGUGUUCAGUCGCUGCCUUUCAGGGUACAAGAGAAUUCCCCUCCUGCUAAUAACCAGGCGAGUGUUGCUAUUCUUUUUUCAGGAGGCAUUGAUUCAAUGAUCCUGGCUGCCUUUGCUGACCGUCACAUACCUGCUCAUCAACCAAUAGACCUUCUCAAUGUAGCGUUUAAACAACAGGAGCCAAAGAAGCAGAAAGAGUCUGCAAAGAAACCCAGAAAACACAAAAAUAAGCCCACAGAUCCCAAGACUGAUGGAGCUGAUUCACGAACAUUCAGCCCCUUUGAUGUUCCAGACAGAAUAACUGGAAGAGCUGGCCUCAAGGAAUUACAAGACUUGAACCCUGAAAGAAGAUGGAAUUUUGUUGAAAUAAAUGUAACGCAGGAGGAGCUUCAGCAGAUGCGUGAGGAGCGCAUCUGUCAUUUGGUGCACCCACUGGAUACGGUGCUCGAUGACAGCAUUGGAUGUGCUGUGUGGUUUGCAGCACGAGGGACAGGGUUUAUCACGGAGGACAGUGACCAGAGGCCCUUCACAUCAUCAGCAAAGGUUAUUUUGACAGGAAUUGGAGCAGAUGAGCAGCUAGCAGGUUACUCCAGACACAGAGUCCGGUUUAAGAUGUCUGGACAUGAGGGACUGAUCCAGGAACUGGCCAUGGAGCUGGGCAGGAUCUCUUCCAGGAAUUUGGGCAGAGAUGACAGAGUCAUAGGAGACCAUGGCAAAGAGGCACGAUUUCCCUACUUGGACGAGGACGUGGUGAGCUACUUGAAUUCUCUGCCCAUGUGGGAGAAGGCAGAUCUGUCACUUCCUCGAGGUGUCGGGGAGAAACUCCUCCUGAGACUGACAGCGAAGCAGCUGGGCCUCGGCCAAUCAGCCGUCCUGCCCAAGAGAGCCAUGCAGUUUGGCUCCCGCAUCGCAAAGAUGGAGGACAAACAUGAAAAAGCCUCUGACAAAUGCACACGACUUCUCACUGGGUAGACAAAUCAUAUAAAAAUCAUUUUAAUGGAAAAAAAAAAGUUAUAAAAUGGCAUAUUUACAGUUAAGAUUCUUGAUUUACUGUUACAGAUGUGACAGGUGCUCGAAAUAGGCUAAGAUUUAAAACUUUUGUGUGUGUUUGUCUUGGAUACUUUUUUUAACACGGCACAAUAAAUAUGGUGUUUUUGUCCA